GCCCCUAACAAACACAGUCAGGUCCUGUAAGUUCAAAUGGAGCAACUUAGGAAUGGUAAGAGGGCUAGAUUGAUAUUCUUCCCACUGCCCUUUCAAGGCCAUAUAAAUCCCAUGCUUGAGCUCGCCAAUAUUCUACACUCGAAAGGCUUCUCCAUAACCAUAAUCCACACCAGCUUUAACUCUCUCAACCCUUCGAGCCAUCCGUACUUCACCUUCCACUCGAUCCAUGAGGGCUUCUCUAAAAGCGGAACCUCAAAGGAUACUCUCCUUGUCAUUUCUAGUCUAAAUGCAAAGUGUCAUGAACCUUUCAGGGGAUGUUUGACUCGGUUGUUGUCUGAUGUUUCGAAGGAGCCUGUUGCUUGCUUAAUCACCGACUCCGUCUAUGACUUCACUCAAUCUGUUGCGGAGAGCCUAAAGUUACCAAGGAUUCUGUUAAGGGCUUGGAGUGCCUCUUCGUUUGCUAUUUAUGCUGCAUUUCCGCUUCUUCGAGAAAAAGGUUACCUCCCAAAACAAGAUUCUCGACUAGAAGAGGAAGUGACAGAGCUUUCACCUUUCAAGGUUAAAGACCUUCCACUUAUCAACAGUGAUGGUCCAGAGAGAUAUUUUAAAAUUAUAGCCGACUUGGAAGAUCAAACCAAGGCCUCAUGUGGAUUGAUUCUUAAUACUUUUGAAGACCUUGAUGAACAUGCACUGGCCACAAUUCGCCAGAAUUAUUCUAUUCCAGUUUUCUCACUAGGACCAUUUCACAAAUGCUACCCCAACUCUUCUUCAACCUCAAGUAGCUUAUUAGCACAAGACCAGAGUUGCAUUUCAUGGUUAAACACACAAGCACCAAAAUCUGUUAUUUAUGUUAGCUUUGGGAGUGUAGCAGCAAUAAACGAAGCUCAGUUUUUGGAGAUAGCCUGGGGCCUGGCCAACAGCAAGCAGCCCUUCUUGUGGGUGGUUCGACCCGGAUUAGUCCCCGGGUCAGAUUGGCUUGAAGCACUACCUAGUGGGUUUCUUGAGACCUUGAAUGGAAAGGGGCACAUUGUUAAAUGGGCAUCUCAAAAAGAGGUGCUUUCCCAUCAAGCGGUUGGUGUGUUUUGGACUCAUAAUGGCUGGAAUUCUACAUUGGAGAGUAUUUGCGAGGGGAUCCCUAUGAUUUGUAUGCCAUGUUCUGCUGAUCAAAUGAUGAAUGCAAGAUAUGUAAGCGAUGUUUGGAAAGUUGGGUUGCACUUAGAAGAUGGAGUUGAGAGGUGCAACAUUGAAAAAACCAUUAGAAAACUAAUGGUGGAGAAAGAAGGGGAAGAGAUCAAAGACAGAGUGGUAAAGCUAAUGCAGAAGGCAAAUUUUUGCCUCAAACCAGGUGGCUCCUCAUAUCAAUCCUUAGAUGCCUUAAUCAAACACAUUUUAUCAUUCAACUAGUAUGUUUAUCCAGAUUCAGAAUCGAUAUUGAUUUAAGUUUGCAUGUAGGACAUGUCUUACAGAAUAAUCUAGUCGUCUCAUUAACAAUGAGCUGGAAACAAAGUUCCAUCUCUUUCUAGUCUUCUUAUUUUAUAAGUUGUUAGACCUGUAAACCCCUUGGGCCUAGCAAAAGAUACCUCCUGCUACU